AUGGUGUAUCCGGAAGGGGAGGAGGUCGAAAGAGACUCUCCUCUUCGGAAUGACUUCUACGCGGCUUAUAACGAGAAAGAGGAUUUUUCACAACAUUCCUUCACUGUGGAACUCCACCAGAGCGAACAUGAGCCCCCGCCUAAAAGAUACACGACCGAAAAUGUGAAACUGCACUCCACUCUUGAUUUCAACCUCAAGCACCUGGGAUAUGAUGAUCUUGAAGACCACAAAGGCAAAGAUGGUCGGAAGUACAAGCAGUUCAACUACACUAUUCAGAUAGUCCCGUCAGGCGCCUCCACGGAGCUUUCAAUUUACGUACAGGGGCAGAAGGUCGGAUCCCAAACUGUAUCUAUCAAGUUAGACUAG